AUGUCCGAGUACCUCGGAUGGAGGGAUCGCGUGCCGCUAAGCAGAUCGCAGUCGGCGUCGCUCAAAGAGCCCACUGUCUAUGGCGGACCGGUAACUCACAGCUAUGAGAAUUAUGUCAAGAACAUAUUUCAUCCGAUGAAUCGGCUAAAAAAGGAUAAGGCACAAAUGGCUGCCGAUCACGGUUUAUCUGCCUCGAGUAUGUUGCACAUGGAGCGAUCCUUGGGACGUUACGCCAUCGACGAUUCUUUGGACAAUUUUGAAGACAACCAUUCGUUUCUGAAGACCCCACUGGAAGAACUCUACUCAGAAUUAGGCCUGAGAUCACCAGAGCAUGAACAUUAUCGUCAGUUCCCUGUCUACAUUCCGAAACAGUCAAGUGAAUACUUUGCCAUAUCUCAUGGAGCCGAACGACGACCUGAUCGAUAUUCGGUACCGUAUUUCCAAGUGCCGGGUGCUAUUCCUCCUAUCGCGAGAAAGAUGACGAAGAAUACGCCAAGAACAAUCACAAAACCUCUCAUCGACUACAAGAACUUUGACAGGUUUGAUUCGCCACACAUACAAAUAUCCAGACUGGGGACACCCCAGGUUGCAUGCACCCAUGACCUUCUUACCAACAAUAUCUAA